AUGCCAGCAUCGAUUACAUCCAACUGGGAUUUCACUCCGGUGAUUAACCUGCUCCGAUCCCCCGCAUACACCGCUGGGGACUCCUCGGCCCCGUCUCGCCACUCCGAAGACCAUGUCGCUACACCUCCGGCCGAGGAAUUGAAGGAUAUCAACAAUGAUCCAGGCUGUGUGACACCUAAGAAUACCAACAAUGUGGACACCACUACACCAAAACUCGGUGAUUUCGGCUCUCUGUGGGAUUUCUUAGGCCAAGGUACUGCCGUUGCUUCCGCAACCACCAUCGCAGUCGAAGGUCCCCAAGGUUCCGAGUCUUCGAAUACUACUCCCCGCCCACGGUCACCACAACCAUCCACACCGAUCAAGAUCCUUCAGCGGCCAUCACCUAAACCACUCGUUCCCGAAGUUCUAAACAAAGGUCCAUCGAGCAUUUCGAGACGGAUCCUCGUUCCUAAAUCUCGCAAGAAUAAACUUGAAGUUGGUGUGGAAUUCGGCUCAGGCAAUGAGCACAAUACCCAGAAAGCCACGCUUGAGGCUACUUCGUCUGACAGUACUGCGGAGUCGGAUAGUAUCUUUGAUCCCCCUCUUUCAAAGAAAGGAGGUGUUGCAUCCUCCGCACAGCCUGCGAAAUCAGAGCUAUACGAUAGCCCGCCGUCUUCUUUUGACGAGCUUGAUGGUGCCUUGACUUCUGAGACCAUCAAAAAGUCACAUGAGAGUGGUGUGAUUCGCGUACAGUCAAAUGUAUACAAAUCAGUGGAUGAGCGGAGAGAUGGUCUCCAUUCCAAGUUACUCAAGAAAUUUCCAGACUACGCGGGAAUCGUGUCUGGGAAAGGCUCUUCACCCCGACCAGUUCACGUUUUCGUUGACAUCUCCAAUAUUAUGGUUGGAUUCCAUGACUCGGUUAAGUUGUCACGGAACAUUCCAAUACCAACUCGAAUUCGCCGUCUACCGCUGUCAUUUAAGAAUUUCUCAUUGAUCCUGGAGCGUGAUCGACCUGCAGCUAAGAGAGUCUUGGUAGGAUCAGACCGCUUCGCAGCAAUCGACGAAGGCGAAAAACUCGGCUACGAAACAAACAUCUUGGAUCGCGUUCACAAAGCGAAACAGAUAACACGACGCCAGGUCAAGUUCCGAAAGAAUGCCCGAACAGCUUCCCAAGAAGCCGCCACCAGUUCUGAAACGAACGAAGUGGCGGCCCAGCGCUGGGUCGAGCAAGGUGUGGACGAAAUUCUACACCUAAAGAUCCUCGAGUCUCUCCUGGACACGGACGAACCGGCGACGAUUGUCCUCGCCACGGGUGAUGCGGCGGAAGCUGAAUACUCGGGCGGGUUCAUGAAGAUGGUGGAGCGGGCUCUGCAGCGAGGCUGGACCGUUGAACUGGUGAGCUUCUCGCAGGUGACGAGCCAGGCUUAUCGACGGAAGGAAUUCCGGUCGAAGUGGGGGAAUCGGUUUAGAGUGAUUGCGUUGGAUGAUUAUAUUGAGGAGCUUUUGGCGAUGUGA